AUGAUAUUGGCUUCAGCUGUAUCAUCGGCGCUUCGUUGUCAAAACGGUGAUGAAGUUGAGCUGAGAAUAUCGCCCGGCACUGGAGCGUCUGAGCAGAAAAUGGCAAAGAAGUUGGCUGCUUUGAGAAUGCGAAACAGUGAACGAAGAGCGCAAAGUGCAGCAAAAUUAGCCAGAACACCACAAACGAGCAAAAAGGAGCACAUCGAUUUGAAUUUAACAGCGAUGAAAUUCCUCAACGAAACCACAUCAGCUGGUGGCCCUCAUGGCGUUGACACCCUGCAAACACCGGUGUCAGUUUAU